CCAGAGGAAGAGUUCUGACCAAAUCAAAAAUGCAGACCAGAGCAAAAUUCAUAGACAAUAACAGGACUGCCAGCCAUAGCAAGCGCCCAGCUGUGGCAACGUGGAUCGACCUGAGGACUCCUCAGCUGAGGUCUUCAUUUUCCUCGUAAUCUGUGUUUAUGCUCUGCAAGGUUGACUCAUGUCUCUCUCUGCUACCCCCAUAGAAGUCCCCAUUUUGGCUCACACCUCAAGGUUUCUGUGAGCUCCCUUUAUCCCAUGUUCCUGGGGUAUAAGAACUCCCCAAAUGACCCUCAACCCUGUGAUUCUGAGCAUUAUGGUGUCAGCCACUGCAUGCCAUUAGGCUGCCACAGAGCCCAAAUUUCCUGCCACUCAACUGGCUCUGCAGAAUUUUGACAUGACCUACAGUGUGCAAUUUGGUGAUCUUUGGCCAUCCAUCCGGGUCAGUCUCCUUUCAGAGCAGAAGUAUGGUGCACUGGUCAAUAACUUUGCUGCCUGGGAUCAUGUGAGUGGAAAGCUGGAGAAGCUGGGUGCCAGGGACUUUGUGAAUGACUCCAUCUCCCAUGGGGAACUGGAGCCUGAGAGUGGCCAAACUGCAACUCCAUCCCUAGCCUCUGGGACCUGCAGCCCGAACCUUCGAUGCUUCACUUUCACCAGAGGGGAUGUCAGCCGGUUCCCCCCUGCCAGGCUUGGCAGCCUGGGUGUCAUGGACUACUACCUGAUGGAUGCUGCUUCCUUGCUGCCUGUCUUGGCCCUUGGCCUGCAGUCUGGUGACACUGUGCUUGACUUAUGUGCGGCCCCUGGGGGAAAAACACUAGCACUGCUUCAGACUGGCUGUUGCCGCAAUCUCGCUGCCAAUGAUCUGUCCACUUCUCGAACAGUCAGAUUACAGAAGGUUCUUCACAGCUAUGUGCCUCAAGAUAUCAGGGAUAGGAAUCGAGUUCGAGUCACCUCAUGGGAUGGCAGGAAGUGGGGAGAACUGGAGGGGGACACCUAUGACCGGGUGCUGGUGGAUGUGCCCUGUACCACAGACCGCCACUCCCUUCAUGAGGAGGAGAACAACAUCUUUCAGCGGUCGAGGAAGAAGGAGCGGCAGAUGUUGCCUAUGCUUCAGAUGCAGCUGCUCGCGGCUGGACUCCUUGCCACCAAACCAGGAGGCCACGUUGUCUAUUCCACCUGCUCACUCUCACAUUUACAGAACGAGUAUGUGGUGCAAGGCACCAUCGAGUUCUUGGCCAAUCAAUACAGCAUCAAGGUUCAGGUGGAAGACCUGAGUUACUUCCGAAAGCUUUUCAUGGACACAUUUUCUUUCUUCCCAUCCUGCCAGGUUGGGGAACUGGUAAUCCCAAACCUCUUGGCCAAUUUUGGGCCGAUGUACUUUUGCAAAAUGUGUAGGCUGACAUAGCAUCACCCGGUUCCCGAAGUCCUGGGGUAGGAAGGUAAAGGGUAUACUUCCAUAGAGGCACCAGAAACCAAGACCAGUGGCAAAGAUGCACUCUGGGUCCUAUCUCCAUCAUGUUCAAGUCUUUGUGUAGACAAUUCUCAGCAUUAGAAAGUAGGAGUUUUUCUGUCCUGCUGUCCAAUUAUGGAGCAUCAGCAGGUUUCUCACUCACUUAUUGUACCCCCUUCCCCCAUUUCUAAGCCUGUGCUAAAGGUUCCUGCCCGAUUAGGGGCUUAGGAGGAAGAGGAGCCAGUGAGCAGGCCCACACUUUAAGCUGUAAACUUGGGGAGAAGCAUUUAGCCAAUAAAAUUAUUGAAGUUCCAUAGAGCUGGGGCUGUAGUUGGGGCCUCAUGUCAGUCCAAGUACUGUUAGUUCCAUUUGUACCAGCUGCUGCUACUGAGCACUAGCUCCUAGGGGUCCAAAGCCCAGGAACUCAGCCUGGUUACAGACCUCUGGUUACAGAGCACCUCUCCCAUUUGAAGUGAGUUCUGUGUGAUCCGUCUUCAGCAGCCAAUGGGCCCAAACAAGCCUCCCUAAUUUCUUCAGAUGGCCCAUGAUCUAAUUUAAGGAACAAGCAACUAAAAACGUUAAGCCAAUGCAUGAUAAUCUGCUUACUUAUACCGAGAAAGCUCUCCCGAGCUGCACAAUGGAAGCCACUCCUCCUGCUGUCCACAGCACUGCUGCCCAAGGUGGCUGGGGAAGCUGCUUCUGCCACAGGGCUGUGCUCCUCUUCUGUGUGUUUCUCCCAUUGUUCAUUCAUCUAGCAAGUGUUCCUUGAGCUCCUGUGUGACACCUCAGCCAGGGAGCUGUUGGAGGUGUAGCAGUUGGGACUGUGGGAGGUGAGACCCCCUCAUCCUUCUUCAUGCAGCUCUCCUUUUGCUUUCUGAGCACCUCAGCAGCUCCUAGUAUCUUCUUCUGUUAUGCUUUUGGUUUUGUUUUUCUUGUUCCUGGUCUGUGGCCAAGCUCUGGUUUCCAUUGUUCGGCCCACCCCCAAAUCCCUGAGCUCUUCCCCAGUGUCACAGGGCCUCAUCUUCCAGAGUGUAUGAAGUUUGGGUCGAUAUUACAUCACUGCUGGCUGCAUGCUAGUUAUGUUGUUUUUGUAACUUUAACGUAAAGAAGGUAAUCCUUUAAUGGCAGGGAUAUUAAAAGUUGCUUGGUCACUUGCAAAAUAUUGCUUUUUUUAAUUAAAAAUUUUUUUUCCUGAAAAACUGGUUCUUGUGCAGAAAAGGGAGCAUAAUUUCAGAAUACUUAUGUUCCUGGUUCUUCCCACUUUCGUUAUCCCUCCUCUUCCUCUUUUUGUCACUCAUUUUGUUCUUUAUGCCUUUCCUGCUAAUUCUUGUUUGGGUAUUAGAGGUGUCAGCUGAGAAGGAUUUUCGAUAAGGUUAAGCCCUCUCUUUUCUUGGGAUUUGCAUUGUAACUGAGGGCCCUGGAAGAUCUUCCAGACUCAAAAUCAAGUGAAGCUAGGAAGACGGAGCUCGAGGGAGUAGGACCUUAAUUAGUCUCCAUAUAUGGUAUGUGGUCCCUGUCUGCUGUUUACUCUGCACUCAGUAUUGGCUGAGCCUGGGAGGCCUCAGGUGCCUAGGCUUCUGCCCUGCCUCCUGGGUAUCCAGCCUGGUGCUAACUAAAUGCUAAGCAGUGAUAAUUCAAGAAGAGAGGGUCUCUUGCUCCGGGAGUCCCAAUCAAAUUGAUGAUAGACUGACCCAAAUAGAAAAAGCAGAGAACUACUUUGGAAAAAAGUUUGAUUAUCUCCUAUAAUUGAAUAUUUACUUGCCCUCCAGCCCAGCUAUCUCAAUACUAGGGAUAAAUCAAGAGAAACUCAUACAUGUAUAAUAGCAGACUUGUAUAAGAAUGUUUAUAGCAAUCCCAAAAGGAAACCCAAAUGCCCAUGAGCAAUGGAGUGGAAAAAUAAAUUAGAAUAUUCACACAAUGGAAUAUUAUAUGGUUGUCAAAACAUGAACCACAGUGACAUAUAACAAUAUGAAUGAAUCUUUACAAUAAAAUAUUAGAUGAAAAAGUUUAGUCCCAAAAGAUUAAAUGUAGCAUCAUGCCCUUUUUAAAAACAAGAAAACUGAGGGGCUUCAGUUUGAUUUAGUUGAUUCGGUCAGUUGAGCAUCUGACUUGAUUUUGGCUCAGGUCAUGAUCCCAGGGUUGUGGGAUCGAGCUCUGCAUCAGGCUCCGUGCUGAGGGUGGAGUCUGCUUGGGAUUCUCUCUCUCCCCCUCUGUCCCUCUCUCUGGCUCGUGUUCUCUCUCUUCCUCUCUCAAAAAUAAAAUUAAAAAAUAAAAAAUAAAUUUAAAAACUUAUAAAAAUUUGUUAUAAUUUACAUACAAUAUAAUUGAUCAAUUUUCAAUGUACUAUUUAAUGAAUUUUGAUAAUCAUAUAAUAUAAUCACCAUCACCAUCAAAAUACAGAAAAUAAUUCUAUCUUCUAAAAAGUUUGCUUGUGCUCCUUUGCACUCAAUCCCCUCCCCCUUCCUUGGCCCCAGGAAAUCACUGAUCUGCUUUUGUCACUAUCUGCAAAACAUAUAGUUUUGUCUAUUCUAGAAUUUGCAAUGUGGCAUUUAAAUGCUGAAGCUCCCCUGAUGAUUCCCAGGGUCACUUUCUUUACUGAUGGUUUACAAUUGGCCUAACUGGUUACAUAUAUCUGGCUUGAUUACAUGGCCAGAGUAGUAUAAAAACCCUUCCUGUGAACUUCUCAUUUGAGCUCUCCCAAAGGCAAGCUUCCUUACACAGAUCAUGGUGAUUCAAACAUCCUUGCUAGUACUUGGUAUUAUAAGUUUUAAACUGUAUUCUAGUGGGUUUGUCUGAGUAUCUCAUUGUGGUUUUAAUUUGCAUCUCUCCCGUGUUAUUAGAGUUAAAUACAACUAAGAAUUUAAAAACAUUUUAAAAGAACAUAUAUACAAUAAAACUAUGUAAAAAGAAGUACAAAAUGGUUCUCACUGUGGGAUUCAGGAUAAUGAUUCCCACAGGUAAGGUGGAUACAAUAGAGCUGGAGGGACCAUAUAGUUCCAUUAUUGUCAACUAAAUUGGUUAAAAGCUAUGCAUAAAAGUGUUGUGUGGGGCACCUGGGUGGCUCAGUUGGUUAAGUGUCCAACUUCAGCUCAGGUCAUGAUCUUGCAGUCCGUGAGUUCAAGCCUCGUGUCAGGCUCUGUGCUGACAGCUCGGAGCCCAGAGCUUGCUUCAGAUUCUCCCUGUCUCUCUGCCCCUACCCUGCUCAUACUGUCUCUCUCUCUCUCAAAAUAAAUAAAUGUUAAAAAAAAGUGUGUUGUACAUGAUAAAAAUGAUAAAAGCAGUCAUGCAAAAGGAUUAUGAUUAAUCCAAUGUUGUGCACAAGAUGGCCAAAAAUAGGAGGGGGUACAGAACCAAGCUCGCAAACUAUGAGUGCCAAAUGUGACUUGAUAUGGGUUGUGGGAGAUAUCUAGAGACCAAGAAGCUUAGCGAUGUUGCCUCAGUCUUGCUUGUGAGUUCUUUCUGUGUGACAUAAAACAGCCCAUCCUUGUCAGGGGGCCAUAAAUGUUAGGGCAGCCAUAGGUUACAUUAGAGACAUAGCUUGGGUCUGUGGUUUUCAGCUUGUUGUGGGCAGGGGUCAUAAAUCUAUCUGAGAGACUGGUAAAAACUUUGGUAUUCUCAGGGGAAACACAUUUUGCACAUAAUCUCAGGGGGUUGGGCAUUCCCCAAAGAUCAUCCAUAAGCCCUAAGUUAAAAACCUUUGAGAAAAAAAGUUAAAAACCAAAAUCCAAUUUUGGAUUAGAAGGUCUCAGGAUUUGAUGGGGCACCUGGGUGGCUCAGUUGGUUAAGCAUCCCAACUUCAGCUUAUGUCACGAUCUCACAGUUUGUGGGUUCAAGCUCUCCAUCAGGCUCUGUGCUGACAGCUCAGAGCCUGGAGCCUGCUUCGGAUUCUGUGUCUCCCUCUCUCUCUCUCUCCAUCCCUC